AUGGCAUCACAAAAGCAGCAGCCCAUGGUCCGCCUCGAGCGCGACGCGACGGCGACGGGUUCGACACAAAAGGCAACGCCUCAUCUGCUCCCAUGCCGCGUGCACCACACGGGCUCCGUCGAGCCGGUGCAGUCCUUCUGGGAGCCUACGCAGGGCGAGGACGGCACUAGCACGGCGUAUUUCCGCGGCCGCAAGCUCGUGGGCAAGAAGGUGGUGCUGCCCGAGGGAUACCGCGGCCUGGUCGCUGUCGCGCGCGACGGGGUGCAAAAGGAGGCCACGGAGUCCGACGUCGAUGAUAUGGAGCGCGAUGACGGCCUCACCGCUACCCCAGGCAAGACCAAAACUUCGAGCCUGCUCGUCCAGGCCGAGUUCGACGACAUGGUCGUCUGGAGCCACGAAGCGAACGUCGACGGCGCCGCAGACCCAUAUGUCAAAGGUGUUGAGGAGUGGCUGACGCUCGUAGAUCAGAUACACUCGUUCCCUGCACUUACCAGUGACAAAUGA